AUCCUCGCAGGGGGCAGCUGCUCGUGUCUUCAGCCCGCUGGGAGGCCAACCGAUCCGCCUCUCGACCUGGACGACACUUCUACAGCUUCUUAACACACAAAAGAAAGCGCAGCGAUGUUCACUUGUCCUUCUUUCAUGCUUUGAGCCGAUCAACAACCCCCAAAACGGCGACGUGACUUGUUGGGGAUUCUGGGGGGAAUGCUUGUCCACACCGUCUGGAAAGAGCAGAGAGUGACAGUCAAUUCAGCCCGUUCCCAUCUGGAGACAUGCACUGGACGGUGGCUGACUACAAAGCUCUGCUGCUGCUGAUUGUUCUACUGUGGGAUGAAACCGGAGCCUUGGGACUGAAAGCCACAGUAUGGCCGCUGUAUUCCCAGAAGCCCCUGCUGCUGGCGUGGAACGUCCCGACAGAGGACUGCUCCCCACGGCAUCGCGUCUCUCUUCAGUUGGACCAGUUCCAGAUUGUGGCCUCCCCCAAUGAGGGUUUCGUGAGGCAGAACCUCACCAUCUUUUAUAAUGACCGCCUGGGCCUGUACCCCCAUUAUGAGCCGGACGGAACGCCUGUCAACGGGGGUCUGCCGCAGAUUGCCAGUCUGUCACAGCACUUGGAAAAGAUGCCAGAAGGGGUGAAAAAGUACAUACGUGAGCCCAAUGCCAAAGGCCUAGCAGUCAUUGACUGGGAAGAAUGGCGCCCCCUUUGGAUACGUAACUGGGAGGCUAAGGACAUUUACCGCCGACAUUCGCGUGAGCUGGUGCGCCAGAAGAACCCUACCUGGCCGCCCGAACGGGUGUCCAAAGUGGCCGUCCAGGAGUUUGAGAUGUCUGCCAAGAAGUUUAUGCUGGAGACACUGAAGCUUGCCAAGCACCUGAGGCCCAACCAGCUUUGGGGUUUCUACCUGUUCCCGGACUGCUACAACCACAACUAUAGGUUGACCCUGGAAAGCUACACUGGUCGCUGUCCUGACGUGGAGGUGGCGCGCAACGAGCUGCUCAACUGGCUGUGGACCGAGAGUACGGCUCUCUUCCCGUCCAUCUAUAUGGGCAGGGUUCUGCGCUCGUCUGCUUCCGGACGCCAAUUCGUGAGAAACCGUGUGAAGGAGGGCAUGCGUUUGGCAUCAUCUGGUGAUGGGCUAGCGCGUCCCGUCUUUGUGUACACUCGACCCACGUAUAUGAACUCUCUGGAGCAGUUGACAGAGAUGGACUUGGUGUCCACCAUCGGUGAGAGCGUGGCUUUGGGAGCAGCUGGCAUCAUCCUGUGGGGAGACGCAGCCUACGCCAGCAACAAAACCACCUGCUCAGAGCUGGAUGCUUAUCUCCGCGGUCCACUGGGCAAAUACCUCCUCAAUGUCUCCACGGCAGCUGAGGUAUGCAGCCAGGCUCUGUGCUCUUCCCACGGCCGCUGCUCACGCCGGGACCCCGAUGCCGACGUUUACUUGCACCUGAAUCCUGCCACGCACAGCCUGCGGGUCGGAACGGGCGGCAAGCUGGAGGUGGUCCGUGAGCCGGGCCGGGAGGACCUGGUGGACUUCGGCUCCAUGUUCCGAUGCCAGUGCUAUAGCAGCUUUGAGGGGGAGCGAUGCGAGAAGAUGGACCCUGUGUAUCAGAAAGGAGCGGCGUGUCUAACCUCGGCGUCGGCUCUGCAGUGUGCUAUCCUUCUGCUUUUCUAUGUUUGGGUGCAACAUAUACUGUAGACCAGGGGUUCUCCAAUUUUUGGGUUCCCAGGACCCCUUACGAUAGGAAAAUUUACCGUACAUUUCCAUGGGAAGUUAAGAUGGGAAACUUGGGAAAUAUUCCAUCCAAUCUAUGCAAUUAAUAGAGUUGAUUGGUAAUUUGGGGUAUUUUCAUGGAAAAGUAUCUGAUUCAAGCUUAAAGAUGGUGGAUUUGAUUAGUCUACACACGCUUGAAAAAAAUACAUAUAUCAAGAUUAUUUCAAAACUUUGUCCAUAAUUAAUGUAUAUUUGUACAACUCCAAUGAUUAAAAAAUAUAUUUUAAGAAGUGGAAAUUAAAAUAAACAACUGCGAUCAUGGUCUUGCACAAGUGUGCACACCCGCUGAUAGAUCGGGAUGUGGCUGUGUUAAGAACUAAUCGAUCUCUUGGGAGUCGGCAUACACCUGCCGCUACUAAGAGUGCUGCUUAUAACUCUAAAGAAGUUCAGUUUGGAGAAAAAAAAGGCUUUAUUCCUGUAAUAAUACACAUUUUGCUCUAAGAGAAAAUUCUAAUAUUACAGUGAUUAAGUCAAAAGUUUCACAGGUUGCCGGGCAUCACCGAGAAGAAAAUGAAAUUGGAAACACUUAAUUCCAGGGGGACCGCACUUUAGCCAGUUACAAUUCCACUGCCAUUCUGCGGAAUUUGAACCGAGCAGUACAUGGAAAAAAACAUUGGUGGCUACAACAUGCGAACAUAAUGGGAACUAAAUAAUCAGAGGAAGUCUGUUUUCAAUAUCAAAUUAAGGAAAACAGCCAUCCAGUCAGAGCAAGCUUAUUUACAUCUUAAAUAUUUAGGAGAAAACUGACUGUCUUACAUGCCAGGUUUUUAAGACCAAUUAAUAUGGCUUUGUGGCCAUUUCCAACCCAAGUUAUCUUGCUCUUGUAAUAAUGGGCCUGUUGUUCUUCCUAUUAUAACAUUAAAGUCAAAUCUUUUAUUGAAGGAACAAAGUCAGAUUUUAACAAGUCAUUUAAAAAACUACCACUUUAUUCUUGUAAUAUUGUGCCUUUUGUCUUGGAAAAGAAGCCUACAAUAGUUGUACAGGGAUGUCGGAUUCAUAUGAUGAAUCACAAUCGAAUCAAAGCUUUUAGUCGCUGAAAAAAGGAGUCAUUUGUAGAUUAUGUGCUUUGUAAAUGAUAGGUCAUAAUUUAUUGCAAAGCAUAUAGAGGACCCCCUUACUAUGGCUCGUGGACCCCAGUUUGAGAACUACUGCUGUAUUCACACACACAUGCGUGCACACACACACACUUUUCUGGUGCCUUUCAUAUACUGUACAACAUGGAUGGCAAAAAGUGAAUUUUUAUCUUGAGAUCACUGUUACAAGAGAAGGAAGAGGGGGGAAAAUGUUAUUUUUUCAGCGAGCGAGAGCGGCCAAUUUCCUGGCCCUCGCCGUUUCUCCCAAAGGUGUCAGAUUCCAAGUUUCCCACAGUGGAUGAGAUGAGUUGAGAUGUUUGCUGAGGGAAAGGUGAGCAGUCAGUGGCUGAGCUGAUUUUAAUGAAGGCCAUUGCAGUAUUUAUUUGAAUGUACCUUAGCUGUUUUCACAUGUGUGACAUUUCUGUGCCUUAAACGCCACGACGACUACUAAUUUACUACUUCAGAGUUAAAUUGUAAAAGCAGAUUGUUUAAAAAAAACAUUCAAUUGAAGCACAACUGUUGUAAAGAGCAAAUGCAUUUCUGAACAAUAGAUUCACUGACAGAA